AUGCUGUCAUCCGGAGUAGAGACUCAGCCAGUUCCACUUGAUUCCUCCAUGUCUGCCGUGGUACAGGAAUUAUACUCUGAACUCCCAGUGAGUGUCUCCAAAGAGCUUCAUGCUGACCCUGAGCCAAGUGUGAUUCCAGAUGUAAAACCUGGAGCCUCAAGCUCUCUUAUAAGUCAGAGUAGGGCAGUGCCCUUGGAGCUGCAGAGGACUCGUGCGGAAAGUUGUUGUGAAGAAACUUCUGGCGCCUUGGAUCAUGGGGGUGAGCCUGGGCGGUGUGGGCUGGUGGACUCCACAGCAGGAGGUUCUGUGGCUUCUGGUAUCUUGGAUAGGGAAGAGAAAACCAAGAGCAUGGAGCUAAAGGUCUUCAGAGAUCAAGGGGACCAGGCGGAAAUUGUAAGAGACCCCUGUGAGGGAGCAAAGGAAGACCCACAUCAACAUUCCACAGCUGCUGAAGAAAAGAUCAGCCCGAGUCAGGAAGACCUCCUGAUGCAGUCAAGCAAAGAACGUUUAUGCACGGGCCUCCCUGAAGACUGUCUGAGGAGCAAAGAGGGAGAAGUACAAAUUACAACUGGAACUCUACUAAAAUCUACUGAAGAAGUACAAGUUUUUUUUUUCAAUGGGACUAAGACGGAUUAUAAUGAAGGACACAAGAAUGGCAAUGUUUUUUUUUUUGUCUCAGCUGGGUGCAGCGAAUACCCAGAAAUAGACAAAAUCAUGAUUUUUUUUUUGGUUUCAGAAACCAGCACAUUAGUUUCCCUAGAGCCUUUAACCUUUGUUUUUUUUUUAUUAACAGAAGCAACUUCUAAAGAAAAAGAAUGUGAAGAACUAAAAAUUUUUUUUUUUUGGUUGUCAUUGUUACCAGGGAGCAGUGCCAUUUCCAAAGUGGACAUUUUUUUUUUAGAGGUGUGUAAGUUAAACCUUGUCUGUGAAGCAGAUGACAAUCACCAACAGAUUCUCAGCCACCAUAAUGAAAAACACAGUUCUGCCCAUGGCAGUCCCAAAGCCACGAGAAAUGUAGUUGUUGUAGAACCCUUAGAAGAAAACUCUGGCAUUUCAUAUUUUUUUUUUUUGUCUGGUCCGGAAUCCAGGACACCAUCCUUAGAAACAAGUGGUUUUGUUUUUUUUUUCUUGCCAAAGAGAUCUGCUGAAAAGACAGACAAUUCCUGUUUUGAUGUUUUUUUUUUAAGCAAGAACGUGGCUUCUAGAAAACAAAAUGAACAGUUUUUGAACCUUUUUUUUUUAAGAGGGCAACUCUUUCUUGUUAAUGCCAGGCAACCAGAAGAGGAUGUUUUUUUUUUUUGUCCUGGUGAAAAAGAGACUGUUGCCUCCCCCAAAGAGAAUAUCCUUUUUUUUUUUUGUGUUCAAGGCAGUAUCCAUACAGACAGUCCUAGUUCUUCAGUGCUUUUUUUUUUCACUGAAGCCACAGAAGUAAUGUUAAAAAAAAACGAUCUGAAAAUCAUUUUUUUUUUUCAGGGUAGCUUGACAAACCAUGAGGACCAUAGAGAAACUUCUACUGUUUUUUUUUUUUCAGGCAGACACUCUGAAGAGAGCAGUUUUUCCUCCUUAAUGCAGAUUGAAGAGCCAGAACAGACAACCACUAUAGAGCCCAAUAUGGUAACUGAAAAGAUUUUUUUUUUUUUCUCUAACUCAUUCCACUCCCAGAAAAAUCUGGAAGACGACACCCAGUUUUUUUUUUUAUCAUAUAAUGAAUUUCUGAUUGAAAGAAAAUCCCUUGUGAGUUUAAUUUUUUUUUUCCAGAUAAGUCUUAUGAAUGAGGUAUCAAAACCCAAGAAAGAUACUGCUCAGUUACCACCAUCCCUAGAAUUUGAUUACAAACCUGAGUCAGAAAAAGCUAUACUUUUUUUUUUGGACGAUAGUUCACAUUUAGAUGAACAGAACAUAGCCGGUGAGAUGAUUUUUUUUUUUUGUACCAAUGAACUGGUUUUAAACAAAAUAGAAAGUGAAUGUGUUUUAAAUCAAGUGCCCCUUAAUUCUCAAGACCACGCGAAGUUGCCAGCUAACAAAGAGAUUUUUUUUUUAACAAGCGAGGAUUCCCAACAGAGCCAUCACCCUCCCUUAGAGGAUGGAGCAGAUGUCAUUGCUCAUACCCAAACCAUUCCCAUGAAGGCAAAAAUGAAAGACAUUUUUUUUUUAGGUGACAAAUCCUGUGGUGCCUCUUCAAACAACCCCACCUUAAACAUCAAACCAGGAAGCCUAGAAAGAAAAAAUGAACUGGCUGAUUCUGGAAUAGUCGGUCUUUUUUUUUUACUUCUCUCAAGCAAGAAAGAAGCAGCAGGCUUGCCUCAAGAGGUCUUUUUUUUUUUAUGUCAAAGUGUUCAAUCUCAGGAUCUCUCUCGCUGUCAUUGUGUAAUUUUUUUUUUACAAGAAAAGAGCGUGUGUUCUGCUUAUGCUGCUUUUGAGUCCAGCAUUUUUUUUUUAAAAGUUGAAAACUCUUUGAUGACCAAGUGUGAAGAUGCAUUUCGGCUUUUUUUUUUCCACUCCCAAGGAAGAGAAGGCUCCACAGAAAGUAGCACCCAUAAAGUGAGUUACACAUCGGAGGGAAGUGAACUUGCUGGGGAAGAAACUGAAGGCAGCCUCCCAGGAGAUAAGAUGCGAAACAAAAUGACAGGAGGCGGGUUAAAUAGUGAAGCUUCAGACAAGACCAUUCGCACCACCAGUCACACCCAGCCCAGUGAGGAAUGGUUGGAAGGAAUUUUUUUUUUUGUACCUAAAGAGACUGUGUUUUGCAAGUAUAACAUCUCUGACUGUGUUUUUUUUUUACUAAACUUAUCUGCAGACAUUCCAAGCCCUAAAAAAUUGUUGGACCUUUUUUUUUUUAUUAUGCUCUCCAAUUUCAAAAGCAUGAGCCAAGCAGUUGAAACUCUUUUUUUUUUAACAGAUGAAGUCCUUGACUGCCAGAAUAACCAAAAUAGACCAGAUGUUUUUUUUUUUGAAGAUAAACCAGCUAAGGAGACAUCAGAUGGUGAUGAGAGAGAGAUUUUUUUUUUACCUAACAGAGAGGUAAGCCACAACCAAAAGGAUCUGCUAGUUAGUUCAGCCAAUAACAACCCGUUGCCCAGUGGUAGUUCAAAGAAAGGCUAUUUGAAAGGAGUUUUUUUUUUUAUUUCUGGUUGUGAGGAGUCCACAGAUGGCAUGGUAGACAUCAUCUUUUUUUUUUUCAGUAAUAAGUCUACAGAAGGCAUGUUAGAUUUAAAAGCAUCUAGUAUUUUUUUUUUUGGUGCAGGGCAGGAUAGACUGAUGUUACAGGAAACCUCAGUGAGUACUCUUUCUCAGAGAGGAGAACUGAAUGCUGCAUUUAUCGGAAUGAUUGGCCAGGACUCAGAUUUCCCAGAUGCUACUUCCUCUACAGGGGAGCCUCUGGAAAUUAAAAAAUCAUUUUUUUUUUUAGUAUGCAGAUCGUUAAAAGACUGUGAAAUGGAAGUGUGUCCAGACUCUUGUGCCCAUGAGCUAGAGUCUAUUGCAGAUCAUGAACCAAAUAUAAGAACAUUGGUUUUUUUUUUUGUGUCCUUAGAUUAUAGUCAUCAUGAACAGCAAGUUAAAGAAGCAUUUUUUUUUUUAACACAAGGAAUGAUCGAAGGAUCAAGACUGGAAAUAAAUUCUGAGUUUGACAAGGACAACACCUUUGGAAUUUCCUCAAAAGAGUUGCUGUCUUCUGGAUGCCUUUUUUUUUUCCCUGUUCCCGUAGGGAGCCUGAAAUCCAUUGAGAUAAUGCCUUCGUUUUUUUUUUUUCACAAAAAUUCAGAAAGUAAUCUUAAUAGUGAAGAAACUGACCUGAUUUUUUUUUUUAAACCAAAAGAUGGUGAAAUGCUUUGUGAAAAUGUGGAGCACCACAUUUUUUUUUUUGAGAAGAAGGAAGGAGAACCAGGGGAUGGGAGUAAUUCUGGUAAAGGAGUCAGAAUAGACAUUGGUAUGCAAAAUUUGCCUUUGACAAUGGAAACAGAAACUCAGUUGAGAGGAGAAAAAACUGAAGAACAUCAGAAGGGGCCCAUGGGUCACGUAACUGUCAGGGAAGAGUCUGAGGAGAUGAUUACCAGAGAGGCUGGUCAUGGUGAUAAAGGAAGGGAGCUUUCUCAGUCCCACUCUAAAUCCCAGAGGAUGCUUGCUGAUAUUGAAGAGCUUUUUUUUUUGAGGGCUUUGGACUACAUGUUGCAGAAUGAAGAGGAAUAUAUACAUCUUUUUUUUUUAUACACGGUAUCGGAACAAUGUACAUCAUCUAACGUGUUACCGGAUGAGCUGAAAGAUAAGAACCAAGCUAAGUAUAGCAAAGGUGAGUCCACCAUGAUGAAGAUUUUUUUUUUAGCACAGCUGGCCACGGGUGGCAGUGCUGCACAGUUCCAAAAGUUGGAGGAUCCAAAGGAGGAAAGCUUGUGUCAUCCAUUAAAAAGAGCCAUGGAGUCAUGCAUUUUUUUUUUCCUUCAUGGUGCCCCUCAGAAAGCACAAGAUCCCAACUCUGCUGGGUGUGAUGAAAUACACGGUGCCUUUGGGAACACUUCACACCAGAAAAGAGUCCUUCCCUUUUUUUUUUUGCCCCAUAGAACAUGUAAGAAAGUUUCCUGUCAGGAGCAAGUCAAGAUUUUUUUUUUAAUAAGUAAAAUCGGAAGUUCUGCCUUUUUAAAGAGUUCCUCCGAAACCAUCCCCACAAAAGCACACAGAUUUCUCAGUUCAUGUGCUGUGCCUGCACCCGCACUUUUUUUUUUCGAAACAGAACCAACCAGGAGCUCAAUGAGCCACGUACCAAAGCAGAAGGUGACUCCGUGCCAUCCCUUCAGGAGCCUGAAUGUUAGGAAGCCAACCAAAGAAUCAGCCUUACUCAGCAAGCUGUCCAUUCUUGCCUCCAAACUGGUCCCAGCCACAAAGGUUUUUUUUUUAAGAUAUCGGCGGUGUUCCUCGGAACUUCUUCCAGUGGCGAAAAGCUUUUUUUUUUUCAGAUACAAAAGGCUUCUGGAUGGCUUUUCGUACAAUACAAUGCAGCUUUUUUUUUUUUUGGCAGCUAGUGGAUGGGAUAAGAGACCUAACAGUAAGCCCUUGACACUUUAUUCGCUAGAAGCCAUCAAAAUGAGCUUCAUAGAUUUGAACAACAAGGUGCUUUUUUUUUUGUUUGGUUCCGAAAUUUUCCCGGUAUCUUUUCACAUGAAAUCGGGCUUUUUUUUUUUGACCGAGUCCCCAAGGACUUUUCCUGAGCACUGUGCUCCAGCCAGGCUUUUUUUUUUAGAGGCCCCCAGGUGCCUGUCUCAACCUCCCAAGUGGACCUUUUCUUUCUUCUUGUCCCACAGUUGUCCUGGGAUGGCCACAUUCAGGGAAGACACUGGCCUCCUUUUUUUUUUAUGUGCCCAGGCUCCCUCACAGUCUCCAGGUCCUCUCCAAGACUAUGUUUUUUUUUUCAUAGUCCAGACCAGAGCAGGCUGCUCUGUCCUUGGCCUUCACACACUUCUAGCACUUUGUUCUCCUGGAUGUUACCGAAUCUGGACAAAAAAACGGAGCUUCUCUAGUCACAUGCCUACCAUGCAGAGGCUCUUCAUGACCCAGUUCACACAGGGCUUAAUUUUUUUUUUAUCUCCAGCCUCCAUAGCAGACAAGGUCUUCUGUUCUCUUCCCUACUCGGUGGGCCGAGUGCUAUCCAUUUGGAGCCAGCAUGGGCCUUCCGCCUGCCCCUUCGUUUUUUUUUUUCUUCAUUCCACUCACAGCAAGCGGCAGCCAACUCUGAGCACCACGAGCAGCCACACCAUGUUACCGUAUGUGCCUCUUCCAGGCAUGGAAGCUACUUAUAAUACCAGUGGCAGUCAGAUGAGACUAGAGCCUCCAUUCCCUGCCUUGGUACCAAAGUCUUGCUUGGUAACAGACUCAGCUGUCAGCAAGCUCCUGCUUUCAGCCUCCGAGUUCCAGGUGUCUGAAUUUGAUGAGCUGGAUAGUGUGGCAGCGGCAUGCCCCCAUCCACAGAGCAGCCCUCCAGAACAGAAAGAGGCUGAGCCAGAGAAGAGGCCAAAGAAAGUCUCACAGAUUCGUAUCCGGAAAACCAUUCCUAAGCCAGACCCUAAUCUUACCCCCAUGGGCCUUCCUCGACCCAAAAGGUUGAAGAAAAAGGAGUUUAGUUUAGAAGAAAUCUAUACCAAUAAGAAUUAUAAGUCUCCUCCUGCCAACAGGUGUUUGGAGACCAUCUUUGAGGAACCCAAGGAACGAAAUGGUACACUAAUCUCAAUCAGCCAACAGAAGAGAAAACGAGUUCUAGAAUUUCAGGAUUUUACCGUCCCACGAAAGAGGAGAGCUCGUGGUAAGGUCAAGGUGGCAGGCAGCUUUACCAGGGCCCAGAAGGCGGCUCUGCAGAGUCGAGAGCUGGAUGCUCUGUUGAUACAGAAACUAAUGGAAUUGGAGACCUUUUUUGCCAAGGAAGAGGAGGAGCAGGAGUGACCAUCUGGUUGUUGA